UCCAGCACCUUCUUCCCGACAGGCAAAAUGAAAAUUCUUGUGGCAUUUCUGAUGGUGCUGGCCAUCUUUGGGACACAGUCGCAUGGAUAUGAGGUUUAUAACGUCUUCAGCCCAGGCAACAAUGGUGGCAAUGUUCAGGAAACAGUGACAAUUGACAAUGAAAAAAAUACUGCUACCGUUGACAUCCAUGCUGGAUCAUGUUCUUCCACCACGAUUUUUGACUAUAAACAUGGCUACAUCGCAUCCAGGGUGCUCUCCCGAAGAGCCUGCUACGUCCUAAAGAUGGACCAUUCAGCUAUCCCUGCUCUGGACAAACUGGAACGGUACCUCUAUGAGAUGAAGACUAUAAACGUCAUGUCCUCCAACAAAUACACCUGGGUCAAGUACAACCCUCUGCAGUCUCUGAUCACGAAUGUGGACUGGUUCCUGUUUGGGUCACCCAUUGAGCAACUCUGCAAACACAUCCCCUUGUAUAAGGGGGAAGUGGUUGAAAAGACAGAUGAUAUUGCUGCUGGAGGUUGUGCAAAGGCAGGGCUCCUGGGCAUCUUGGGAAUUUCCAUCUGCGCAGGCUUCCAUAUUUAGGAUGAUCACCUACUGGGUUUCAUCCUUUCAAAGAAAUCUAACCUUGGUUUCCACUCAGAAAUCAAAUUAAAUUCUUUCUCAACAUCCUGUCUAAUUGCGAGAUUCAGUAAUAAAAU